AUCAAAUGAAAAAGUUUGCAGAACGCACUGCCAUUCGGCGCCGCCCAGUCUCAGAUUCCUCCUUGUAGUUGGAUUUCGCAUUCUCGGGUAAAUAUUUAAAUUUAUAUUGAUUUUUCCCCAUUUUCGUCUGUGCAACAUGUUAGAUUUCUGGAGGAAAGAGGAACCAAAACAAGACGAAGACGAGGACCCUGUGACGAGACUAAUGAAGCAGACGGGUUGUCUUGAGUUGCAUCACGAAGUGCAGUAUUGCAUUGCUGAGCGGAAAGACUGGAGAUUGUGUCAAGAGGAGGUGAAGAAGUUCCGCAGUUGUAUGGAUGCUUACAACGCCAAGAGAAAAGAAAGCUUGAAGUGAAGACAAAGAUGGACGCGUUUAUUAUUGGAGCGGGAGGACUCGUUGCUGGCCUUAUCCUAGGUAGUCCUGCGUCCCGCAGACUUUGUCAUGCACUUUGGCAUAGGAAGGUGCUACAGCAUCAAGAUAAAAUCAAACUU